AGUUGUUUUGCUGCAUUGCAUCAGCCAUUAAAAUGUGUUUUACCGGCAUUUGGGUGCUCUCUGCAUCCUGGGGUCGCAACGCAACGCCGACACACCACACCGUGACAUUUCCCGAAGAAGUCAACCCUUUUCACAUCUACAGAGACACAAGACGACAGCCUGACGGCUUUUGACAGCAGCACUGCUACUAUCAGUGUCAGCCGCAGCGAAUGCAGUAGUGAUGAAGGUGUUGUAUGCAGCUCCGCCCACCAUCAUCCAUCCCCCUCCUCAACAUAUCCCCCUCAGGUCCAGCCGAGCCGGGGGCUGAGGGGCUGUCUGGGGGUGGAAGGCUGGCUUUAGGAGGGCGGGUCAGUGUGAUUGUGGCUCUCACUCAAGUAAGAAACCACAGAACGGACGGAACAGUCAGACCACAGCAGCACCACAGAUAACUCCUACUACUCAGCCCUAUCUGCUCACACAGGUCCAGUUUGCUUCUAUUCUUUUGUACGGAAAUUAUUUUGAAGGAGUGUAGUGGGGAAAAAAGCAUCAUCUUAUCAGACUCACAGAGUCUUCUCCCCUCAGACAGGAUGUCGGCACUCUCCAUGAAUGACCACCUCGAAGGGAUUUUAUCAGAUUUUGAAGCCCUGAAAAGAUCCUUUGACAUUGAAGAUGUGGAUGACAUACCCUCCUUUUCAUCACCAUCGACUCCCUCAUACCCGGUCUCUCCUUCAACUUCCCAUUUCUUCAUCAGCCACAACAAAGCCAGUGACGGGUGUGGUGGUGGACAAUCGCCCUCUUUACCUUUCAACAACAACAACAACAUGAGCUCCACAGGGUACCACACCCAUAUCAGUCGAAGUUCCAAUCCCAGCCCAGUACUCAAAUCCCGCACAGUGGUCAGUAGCAUGUCCUUCAAUCGGGGAACUAUGAACAAACCGGCUCCUCACAACAACAGCUCUUUAGUGACCAGAGCUGCAUCCUUUCAGAGCAGAGUGAACCCCAACAAUGGUUUUUCCUUGCCUGGACCAGGAAGUGACAAUGAUAGUCUUCAUAGUUCCACGUCCAGCCUUGAGUACUCUGGAGUGGGUGGAGGUUCUCUCAGUCCUAACAAGGUGUCCUCAUACGCGAGUCCUCUACUCCAGGGCAAGUACCACCGAGCCCAGUCCCAGCUAUCACAGCUGCAAUUAGAAGGAGCCAACUUGGGAAGGAACCACAACUUGAAGAAGUUCUCUUCUCAUGGGACUGUGUUCCACUCUGAUUUGAACCAGGGGACAGAGUUGAUGUUGGGGGCAGAUCCUCACGGGAUGAAUCAUGGCUCCAUGCCAAGCCUCGAUAUUCAAAUCCGAGAUGGAGGAGGUGGAAUGUUGGGGAUGCAAAGGGCUGGAGACAAGGUUUCUCCAGGUUUGAGGUAUCCCAAUGCUAACCCUACCUGGAAUGCUGGACUUAAAAAUGCCAAUUCCCUCGGGGAUGAAGGCUGCUGUGGCUCCAACAAUCAGCAGCAUCUUUUCCCACAGAUUCCUCAGAUCAAGGCACCACGUCUCAGUAAGUUUCCUUUGGACCUGGACAGCUUGGUGAACACUACAUCGGCCACUUCACCUGCUCAGGUUCACAGAGGAUCCAUUAGUCCCAACCCCCCAAAGCCUCCUCCAAGGAACAUAGGAAGCCUGAAGCACCACACCAACUCACCAUCCAUGGCAAGCCCAUCGGCUUCCCUCAGCAGCCUUGAUAGUUCCUCUGAUACCCCGCCCCUGUCCCUUCACCAUCCAUUCCUACCUUCCGACCAGGGCUUUAUCUCUUCUUCAGAGGUGAGAUGCUCAUCAGUGCCCCUUUCUCCAUCUCGUACCUUGCAGUUGGAAGGCAACUCCAGCCCUCGAGUUGCUCAGGUGGUCCCCAGGCCUUCCAGUCCAGGUUCUAUUGGCUCAUUGGGAAACGGGCCUGGUGAUGGCGGAGAUAGUGUGGACUCGAUCUUACAGAGGAUUGCCUCCUUCUCCCAGCCUGCCAUCGCUAAUACAACCCCAGCACCUGCCAUCGAACAUCCUGCUUACCAAAACAAUGGGGCUCUGUCUUCUGGAUUUGGCUCUGCUGCACAGGCUGCCCUAAUGCCAACACAGGGAUAUGGCAAAAAGAAAAACAAAGAAAGUAGUGGAGAGCUGAACACAGACGGAUCUACACCGAUGGAGGAGACAGAGGAGAAGGAAAGCGGCCUCAUGGGAGAAGAGCAAGUCAUAGAGGACAAGAGUGAAGAACAACUAGAGAGUCCCCACACCCAGAAUUCCAUCAAUGAAAACGAAUCAAAUGGUGUGGAAGCCCAUACGGAGGUGGAGGAGAAGCAAAAGGAGAAAGGAAUGGAAGAAGGAGAGAUGAAGAAAGAGGUGGAACCGGAGACCGAGGUGGAGAUGGAGGUGUGUCAGUCCGUGCCAGGACUGCAGAUGAGCUUUAUUCGUAGCAGUGACUUGUUUGGCUAUGUGGGCAUUGAGGCAGUGCUGGACCAGAUGAGGCGCAAGACCAUGAAGGCUGGCUUUGAGCUCAACAUCAUGGUAGUCGGUCAAAGUGGUCUGGGGAAAUCUACAUUAGUCAACACUCUUUUCAAGUCUAAAGUCAGCAGGAAGUCCUGCACACCAAACUACGAGGAGAAAAUCUCUAAAACAGUCAAGCUGCAGUCAGUCAGCCACAUGAUUGAAGAAAAGGGGGUGAAGAUGAAGCUGACAGUGAUUGACACUCCAGGAUUUGGAGACCAAAUCAACAAUGAAAACUGUUGGGAGCCCAUCGUGAAAUACAUCAACGAGCAGUAUGAGAAUUAUCUGAGAGAAGAGCUGCAUGUAAACCGCAAGAGGAGAAUACCAGACACCAGAGUCCACUGCUGCAUCUACUUCCUGGCCGCUACUGGACACAGGUUACGCCCCAUUGAUGUGGAGUUCAUGAAGAGAUUGGGCAAGAUAGUAAGCAUUGUGCCUGUCAUUGCCAAAGCUGACACGCUAACUAUUGAGGAACGACAGGAGUUCAAAGAGAGGAUAAGGCAAGACUUGGCAGCCAACGGAAUUCGUGUUUAUCCCCAGAAAGAGUAUGAUGAGGAUCCAGAGGAACGCCUUCUCAACAACAUGAUCAGGGAAAGCAUUCCCUUUGCUGUGGUCGGGACCGACAAGGAGCAUCAGGUGAAUGGAAACAAAGUGUUGGGCCGGAAAACAAAGUGGGGAAUAAUUGAAGUGGAAAAUGUGGCACAUUGUGAGUUUGCCAGCCUGCGAGAUCUUCUUAUCAGGUCUCACUUGCAGGACUUGAAAGACGUGACACACAACAUCCACUACGAAACGUACCGUGUACGACGACUCAACGAGUGCAACAUCAACUUCAUUGAACAGGGACUUUCCCAGUGGCCACUCGAAAAUGGAACUGCUGAUAAAUCAGAAUCAGACAGCCACCUCUGAUGCCUUCGUCAGCUUCAUGCUCAUGGAAUGAUGCCGUCAUCUACUCAAAAGGAGAGAUGGGAAAAGAGAGCAUUAUGUUCCCCACAUAAAUUGGGGUGGGGAUCUUUUUGAGUGUCGUGGUGCCCAGCUAUUGGAUUAUUUUUAAUGAAAGGUUAUUUUGGGAGACUUAAGUACUUUUGAAUGUGAGAUUGUGCCUGUGAAUAUUAUCAUUUAUCCAGGUCAUUGUAUCUUCAGGGCAUUUCAUCCAUUGCGACUGGACUGUUCAAGUUGUGUAAGAAGGCGUUUCACCUCUUGUGCUUCAUGGGUUCAUGUACAAGACUAGAUAGGAUAGCCCUAGGAUCGCUCUGUCUGACUUGUAUCAACAUAAACUGAACAUAAACUGGCUGUGGUGUCGGAAUCAUUCAUUCUGAUGUUUGCACUUUCAUCAGUUCAUCUAAGUAUCUCUCUGUCAGACUAAAGCUGUCCUAUCUAGUCAUUCAGACUAGGUAGGACAGCGAAUCUGACAAUGCUAUUCUAGUCUGAACAUCAUGCUGAAAGACUAGAUAGGCCAGCUCUCGGACUAGAGCUGAUUAACAGCUGACUAGAGUUGAUUGUAAUUCUGUCAGACUAGAGCUGUCCUAUCUAGUCUUUGAGCAUGAACUGAUGAAGCACAAGAGGCAAAACGCCUUCUCAGGCAACUUGAACAGACCAGUUUUGAUCUAGUCAACGCCCUGAGAUUGUUUCUAUUUUCUUGUAUUAUGGUUGCAUAAACAGACAUCAUUAGGGUGGUCAGGAUGAAGAGAGCGUCUCAGUAUUAGUCGUAUCCAAGCUCCUUUAUCAUUGACCAUGUGUGUGGUAUGUGAAAUGCCAAAUGCGAGAAGAUGAGACAAUGGAGCCGGUGGAUAGAACCACACCCAAACCCACUUUAAACACCUACAAAAGUAAUAAAUGUGAAUCCUCUGCCAAGUGCUACACCCUGUACAAUUGAUACGGCCAGCCUUGUAAGUUCAUUAUAAUGUCAUUCAUUCAUUUUCUACCGCUUAUCCUCAUGAGGGUCGCGGGCAUGCUGGAGCCUAUCCCAGCUGUCUUCGGGCGAGAGGCGGGGUACACCCUGGACUGGUCACCAGUCAAUCACAGGGCACAUGUAGACAAACAACCAUUCACACUCACAUUCAUACCUAUGGACAAUUUGGAGUCGCCAAUUAACCUAGCAUGUUUUUGGAAUGUGGGAGGAAACCGGAGUCUUCCAAAAAUUGUAUACAUUUGCUGGAGGCGAUGGGUGAAGGGUCUUGAUGAGCAUAAUGGCUUGAAGUUCUCUGCGGUUAUCAGAGAUCCUUUUUCUUGGAGUUAAUAUAAACGCUCACUUAGACAACAAUAAACCCCAUCCUGUUUCAAUUCAUGCAGUUGGCCAGGCAGCAUUUUUUUCAUAUUAAGCCAUAAAUGUUGGUCUGAAUGAGGUUUGAAAUGGGGGAAAACUGCACAAAUGACCUUCCAAGUGUAUAAAAUAUGGAGUGAUGACAUCAUUAUUUUAUUAGCUCAUAUUCUACCGUAUCGUCAUGUUGUAAUUCAAGGGGCUGUAUUGAUUCGUUGUAUUAUGAAAUCUUACACUAAUUUGCUUUGUCACCUGAGAUUACCCCUCUUAUUAAAAUUUCCUGUUGCAUGACCAAUUGGAUGUUAGUGUUGGUCGUCAAUGCAUUGUUGGUUUCUGUGCCUUCCCAGCAUGUAGUCAAUCAGUGUGUGUCACACACCCUAUAUAGACCAAGACCAACAUGAUAUUUGCCUGCACUAUUUCACUAAAGUACUACUAUGACACAUUCUGGCACAGUGUUCAGAGCUCUGGUUUUGAAUUAUUUCUGCGUUGCAUUGCAGCAGCUACAUGAAUCAACUUGUUCUUUCGUGGGUUAACUUUUGUAGGUUGUGCUUUAGUGACCAAAAUACUGGUGUCUUGGUAUUAGCAGGGUAAAACUUAUGAAUUUGUCUUUGGAUUUUACCAGAAUGAAGACAAAAUAGACAUCCUGUACCAUUGCACAUGAUGAUCUGAUAAAUCUUAGAAGGUCCUCUGUCAUCAUACAUACGUAUACAGCUUUCCGUUGUGUUGUAAUUUUCAAAUGUUAUCAACCCACCACAAUCAGUUACAAUGCAAUGUGGCCUGUUUAAUUUAUUUGGAUUUUAUUCAAUUACAACUGACAUGUUAUUUACCUUAGUAAUGUCUGUACUACUACUGCCUCUGUUUCUGUUGUGCAGUUACUCCAAAGUCAUUUCUACUUACUUUAGGAAGGGUAUACCUACUUUGGAACUUAAUUGUUUGCCCGUGUACCUGUGAGGUACAGUGCACCUCCUCACACUGAAGAAAUGACACUUGCAAUGUAGUCAGUGUACAACUGUGGCCCAAUUUGUUAUUUUUUUGUGACUUGUUAGCAUUAUAAGGUCUCAGGUGUGAAUGGGGAGUAGGUGUUUUAAAUUUGGUGUUUUUGCUCUCACUCUCUAUUCAAGCUGUACACUUACUACGUGUUGUUUCUUCAGUAUGGUCCCCAUGAGACAAUAUACUAAAAUACCUGCAGAAAUGUGAGGCACCGUAUCAAUAUUGCCCCUUUGUGCCUUCGUUUUGCCAUCACGCUUGAUAAAAAAUGAGUGUCCUCAUUGCAUCACUGCAGAAUAUUGACAGAACGAGUUUUGAUUGGAUGAAACAUUGUAUUAGUAGUGGAAAUAGUUACAAAUGAUUGUGAAUGUCAAAAUGCUGAGACUUGUUGAGAUCUGACUUUUCCGAGGAUAAAUGAAAGUUGAAAUACAUUACCAGACUCCAGCAGGUGAUUUAAUUGAAGGUGGUGUUGAUCAUUAAAAUCACCUGCUGGAAAGAAACCCCCUGCCCUAUGCAGAUACUUGGUAAUUGGAUUCUUUAUGAAAAAUAGGCUUUGAAAACAUUCAUCCUGCCCAUCUAUUUAUGUUGCCUCGGAAUUUUUCAAACAGUGCUCAUUCCCUUUUAUGAGACGUGCUUCAGCACUGCCCUGCUUCAUCUUGUGUUUAUACUCAGCUGUACUAACAGUUCCCAUGUGAUUGUCUUUGCUUUCAUAGUAUUGAUAUAACACUGUUGAUUUACUAAUAAAUAUUUGUCACUUUCUCAA